CGCACGCCGUGAGAGCAACAGCAACAGAAGGACGCUCUUCGCGUAAAUGUGCCCCCGUGCGCGCCCAUGUGCUGCACCUCCUUCUACUUGUCUGUCCGCCGCUGCCCCUGCGUGCCCUGUAAACCCAGAGCACAACACCACCCCGACUAGCACGCCCGCGCGCACUCGCACCCGCGAACAUGGCCAAGAUCCUCAACAAGGACCCCGUGACGUACGAGAAGGAGCGGGAGAACUUCCUCAAGGAUCUCCGACACUUCCACGAGACUCGAGGGACUCUCUUCAAGAAAUUUCCGAAGAUCAACGGGAAGGAUAUAGAUCUGUAUUUGCUGUAUGUGGUCGUGACCGCUCAUGGAGGAUGGAUUAAAGUGAAUACGAGAAAUGAGUGGGCGUCGUUGUGUGAACAAUUCCAUCUACCCGGCGGUUGCAUCAACAGCGGGGUCGGUCUCAAGCAAAUUUAUCUCCGGUAUCUGGACAGGUACGAAAAGGUUCACUUCCUAGGCGAGGACGGUCAACAGGCCGACGACGAUGACGAGGACUCCAGACACAGAAAGUGGUCGGCCAGAGCGCUGCAUUCGGUUCCUCUUACCUAUAACCAUUCUCAGCACAACAUUGCAGAGUCACUGCGCGAUUACAACGGACUCUCGUCGAACCUCUACAAGCCCUCGAACUACGACAAGCUCGCGCUGUCGCUCCUAUCGCCGCUGCCGAACGAGCAGGACUUCGCCAUCAACGUCUGCACCCUCCUGUCGAACGAAGGCAAACACACCCUGCGACUGGACAAGUAUCCCCGGCUGGUGAACAUCCUGCUGGCGCACGCCGGUGUCUUCGAUUCGCCCGGCACGCGGCAUCUAUUCAUCGAGGUUUACUCGCGCGUACGCAACUACUCGAUCAAUUCCUUCUGGUCGGACGUGCUCGACUCGCAGGACGUGAUAGACCUCACGAACGAGAGGACUUUUAUGAAGAAACCGCCAUCGAGUCUGUCGACGUUCUCCAGGCGGAAGACUCUGGAGAAGGAGAAGCAGAACAAGCUGGACGGUGUCUCGUCGACGGAGAGCGACGAACUCACGGCGCCGAUUGACGUUGAAGUGGCGCUUCCGGAUUGUUCGCGAUUGGAUCACCUAUCGUCGCAUUCGGACGAGAGCUUGAGAGAUCAAAAUCAGAACUCGAUCAAGUUCGAGGACGAGGACAAGGAUCUGUUUUGCGUCGGGCGAACGUUGGGCACGCAGGAUCCUUACGGACAGCGCGUGUUGCAAAUCGCGUCGAUCCUGCGAAAUCUGAGCUUCACCCCGGAAAACGCGACGGUGCUAGGCAGGAAUCGUUGCUUCCUGCGAUUCGUGUUGCUGUGUGUGAGAGCGAGGUGGAGCAAUUUGCAUCAACUCGGUUUCGACAUACUGGGAAACAUAGCGAGCGAAAUCGUGUUGAAAGAGGCCGGCGAGAGGAUAACGGACGUCGUGCUGUCGUGCGUGGCCAGAGGUAUCGAGUCCCAGGACAGGUUUAUUGUCAUAUCCUGUCUGGAGGUGCUCAACAAGAUCAGUCAGCAGGACAGCAACGAGGAGAUUAUCACGUUCGGUCUGGCGGACGAUGUGUACGAACUUAUAUGCAGAUUUUUGGCCCUGAGUGACAUAGCUUUGCUGGUGUACACUCUGGAAUGUUUGUAUGCGUUAACGUCACUUGGCGAGAGACCGUGCACGAGCGUCGCGCGAGUACGCGGUGCCAUUGACACGCUGGUCGCCCUCGUCACUGUGGAAGCGCAAAGUUACGGUCCCAAGGCCUGCAUUCUCAUGCGCGUUGUCGAAACGGUAUCGACGGUAGCGGCGCAGCAAAACACCGCGGGCCAGAGCACCGCUCCCGCAACACCCGCAACGCCGACCGCUACUACUACCACAACGGCCACGUCCGUGUCCACUCCGUCUACUCCGGCAACAAUCACCGCGACACCGGCACCCGCCAGUCCAGCAUCUUCCCGACCCACAACUCCAGCCGCGACCUCGACCAAAUCGGCAUCGCACAAAGCAGUGGACACGACCAACACACAGCACACGCAUCAGCAAAUUAUUCAAGAAAACGAACAGUUCGCUCUUGGCUGGGUGAAAGCGACUUUCGAGCUGGCACCCGGAACGCGCAUUGAACAAGAAGAAUUGUACAAAAAGUAUCUUGGCUGUUGCACAAAGAUCGGCAGACGAGGUGUCAUUGCGCCACUACAUUUUCCGAGAUGCGUCAGAUCCGUAUUCGGCAGUAUCGUGGGUCCGAAUCCGUUGAAGGGUGACAAUAGCGGUACCCAGUAUUAUGAAGGCAUUCGAGUACGGGCUACCCCUGCGCCGAUCACUUAUCCGAGCCAAACCACCACAGCGGUCGGCACCAAUACACCACCGAUCCCGGCAAUCAACACCACGCCAGCUAAGGUGCUGCUUCCCGUUCAACAGCGUACAAUCAAGAAUUUAAGUCCCGCACCCGAUAGCACGGCCGUCUCCCAGGUUGAUAGUCCCGCCGCGUCGUCCGGGACGCAAACGACUCCCACCGCUCCCGCGUCCCCCAUCCUAAAGGCCCAGUUGUCCGCUCCACCGAAACCCUCGUCUAGCAACACCUCAAGCCAGUCCCAAACUCUAGUGACCAAGGUUGAUUCUAAGAGUCAGGUAUCAGUAUCGCAUCCGCACCUGAGCCAAGCGUUGCUGGCGAGCGGCUCGCAAAUGCCGCAACCCCAGCAACCGCAGCUACAGCCGCAGCAACAGUCGCAAAGCGUCCAGGUAGUCGCUAAGGAAGACAGUCGAAGCGGCACUACGUCGAGUUCCAUAAUAAAAAGCCUAUUGGCUACUAAGGUAACAGUCAGCAGCGACUGCAUGCCCAGUGCUGCUGCGACUUGUGUGUCUACCCCUACUGCCUGCGUAACAAACACUACUGCUAGCAUCGCAUCCAGCAUCAGUGCCAACCAGCUAAUAACCAGCAACCAGGUUGCCCAACGGCAACAGCAACAGAGGUUACUGCAGCAGCAGAUGACGAGUAUAGCGCAGCCUGCCGCACCCGCGGCCACUCCAGCCACUUUAAUCCCGAAAACACCCGUCAACGCCAAGCAGAAACCAGCGAUCACUCCCAUUCCUGCCAAAAAGAUACAGAGGCUCAACGGAGCCAAGUUUCUUAUGACUAAUAACUGUGAGAAGACUGAAGUAAACGAUAACGACAACGCAAACCAAAUUGUCACGUCCACUACUACCGUGAUGAUGAACUCGACUGAAAAUCACAUAUCCUCCUCACCGGCGAAGAUCUGUCGUCCGCCAUUAACGACGAUGGUUACAGUCGCCACCGCAACACCGAACAAAAUGAAUCAACGCACCACGUGCACUUCCAUCGCCGAGGACUCCGAUUCCACCAAUAAUUCUCUGGCGUCGAGCAGCGGUAUCGGUGGCAGCAGGGAUUGCUCCGGAGCCGGCGUCGAGGAGGAAAACAUGCUAACGAGUUUCGAGGGCAUUUUACUCAACGGAGCGAGCUGCACGCCGGCGGACAACAACAUGGACAUGGACGCGCAGGACGACGGUUCGUCCAAGGACUCGUCGAGCGUGAGCUCGAAAGAGAAGUCGCUGCAGAGCAUGAUGCUGGUGGAUCUGCUUGAGAGGAAGGUCGACAAGGAACCGAUUCUGAACGGCGUGCUCGGCAAGAACUCGAUCAACGAGAAGGAAAUGGACCUUGUGGAAAAUCACAUUAAGAAAGUGCUGAAAGAUUCACCGAGCGACCUGAAGAUAAAACCUGAGAUAGAUAGCGGUAAUGUGAUACAAAAUGAGGGUAACAACGUUAUACAGAACGAGGACACUCUGAUCGAAGCGCCGAGAGGAAUCAAAAGAUCAGCUAGCGAAUCGGACGAGCUUGAGAUCAAAAAACCGAAGUAUUCGAAUGGCACGAUAUCGCCGGAUCCGGCGGUAGACUCGACAACAGCCGAAUCUACAGUAUCGAGUAUAAAGUCUGAGGAACAAGACGACGACAAGGAUAGCGAGAAAGCGACUGUUUCCUCCAGUGCGGCGAAUCUUUAUGCCGCCUUAGCCGCAGAUUGCAUAGAGGAUGAAACGGAUCUGGAGGAGCCAGUGUCCGUCAACAAGGACAUGAUAAAGGAAGAACCGGCUCCGGUGAUAGCACCGCAAGUGGUAACGACGCCGACGGUACCAGCACCGGCGGUAGCGGCAACGACAGUGGCGGCGGCACCUCUUCCUCCUCCCCUUCAUGUGAAAACGUCGGACGGAACGUCAGUUCUCGUAAAAGACGAUCCGCCGGCUCUGCACAUUAAGGAAGAACCACACAUAUUCAUCAAUCAGAUCACCCAGAUGUCCCAACAGGCGCAGCCGCAUCAGCAACAGCAACAACAGCUCAUAGUGGCUGCACCCAGGCAGAUAGUGGUGCAGCAGGCGAUCCCCUCGAAUAAUCAAAUGGUUAUUCCCACCACCGCGGUGAAAGGCAGACCGCCUCCGCCACAGCCGCAGGUGUUGCUACAACAGAGCCCAAGUGGACAGUUGCAGUACGUGGUGUCGGGAGGUGUGCCCGGUCAAAAUUACGUUCUGGCGCAACCGCAGACCGCUCUGGUACAAGGUCAGGCGCAGACUGUUCUCGUGGCGCAGACGACGCAGCAACAAGGAACCGGCACCAAGACGAUCAUCAUAUUACAGCCGCAAGCUGCCGCGCAGGCUGCUCCGCAGAAGAUGGUGGCGAUGACGCCGCAGGGACAGCAAGUGGUCGUGACUCAGGUACCGCGUCCGAUUCUGCAAAGCCCGGCGCUGGGCAAUAUACCGCCACCCCUCGUUCCUACGUCCGCGACCAUGUCGCAAACUUCCAUCAUAGUCAACAGUUCGGUAACGCAAACCAACCCGAACACUGUGACUGUUACGAUCCCGGCGAUAGCCCAGCAGACUCCGGUGUCCACCAGCGUGCCGUCCAGGGUAGUGACACCCACUCCGGCAUCCACACCGCCACCCACGAGGCCGACGACACCUCAUCAGGCAGCGGCUACCCAUGGCGUGACCGUGGUCAAGCCGCCGCCCGUUACGAAGAUCGUGAAGACGGUAAGCUCGUCGACGUCCACCGAACCGGAGUCAAAACCUUCCACUAGCCAACAACUGCAGCAGUCGUCGCAGUCGUUGCAAGAAAACAAAACUAUCACGAUCAAAAUCGACCCCAACGCUUAUCUGUGCGAGUGGCGGGGCUGUCUCAGACAAUUUAAAACACCGCACGAGGUCUAUCUACAUGUCUGUGAGGCCCAUUGUCCGACCGGUGGUGAGGAGAUACUGUGUCUAUGGGGAAGUUGUGACGCGCUCAAGAGACGCAGGUUUUCGUUAAUGACCCAUCUAUACGAUAGACACUGUAACGCGGAUACUAUGACAAUGCGGAGGAAACAGUUGACAGUGACGGGGAAAACCGAGGUGGCCACGUCUACACCUCCGACUCCACAUCAUCCUGGAUACGCACCCAACGCCGCACUCCACGCGAUCAAACGACACGCUCUGGAGUUUGUUAAUCCUAAAGAGCUAAUGCAGCAAAGGCCGACCAAGCCCGCUGCAGCCACCUCAAGCUCUUCUUCCCCAAGACCUGGGCAAAAUUCUCCACCGGAACAGGAUGACAACGAAGGUCCAGUGACCAAAAGUAUUCGCCUAACGGCAGCUCUCAUUCUCAGAAACCUAGUCAUAUACUCAACGCACGGUAGACGGCACCUUAGGGCGUACGAGCCCCACUUGGCAGGCGUGGCGUUAAGCAACGUCGAAUCAUCAAGAACGAUCGCACAAGUCCUGUACGAUAUGAACGACCAGAGUAGCAAUAGCCAUCAUAGGUGACCUCUUGAAACAGGCCUCUAAAACGCUCUUUUAACCUUGUGAGCAGCGAUCAAUUUACAUCCAUCUCGAGCUACUUGUAUUACGAUGCGAGGAGGGAACACACCGUGUUUUACGUGAAUUAUAAUAACGAAGUCCGUUAUUUACUCGCUGUGCUGCUGGUGCGUGUGCAUGAGUUGUGCGCGCAUACGCGCGUUAGUGUACGUGUCCAUACGAUUUGAGAAAGAUAUUAACGACGGUAUCGGAGAUAAAUGUUCCAUAUAUAGAAAAAAAAAAAAGAGGCCUAUAAACUUACUAGGCAAAUCACUUUGCCAAUUUAGAUUAUAACAUAAACUGUAAUUAUAGUGAAAACACGAGACAAAGACAGUAGUUGAAAUGAUAAACGGAAUGGUGAUUACAAGAGAGAAAGAGAAAAAAAUAGAGAAAGAAGCGCGUGUAUAUGUAAAUGAAAAUGAUGAAAAUAUGU